UCUUGAGUGACAGGGAUUAGUCCCGCCUCCUCUGUGCCUCUCUCGUGCGCUCCCGAGAAGUGUAGCGUGUGCGGAACGCGACAGCCGAGCAGCAGAUAUCGGCCACUGAGCUUUGAUGAGCGGUGUUUAGGAAACUUGAUGAGCGCUUUUGGAGCUCCUUUCAGCGGCUGGUGAAGACGAGGGAGUGCUGCAGCGGUUCUCUUCUCCCACGGGUCGAAUCAAAAAAUGAAAUUCUGGAUUUGCGUGCUAGCGGUGGCCGUGGCAGUGCAGUCGACGCACGGAGGGGCUAACCCAGACGAGCCAUGUGCGGGUCAGGACUGCAGCGGAGGAUGCAGGUGUAACCCAGAGAAAGGAGGCAGGGGGCGUCCUGGCCCUCUGGGGCCAUCGGGGCCGUCCGGGCCGGAGGGGUACUCCGGCGGCCAGGGUCCUGCGGGGCCCAAGGGAGAGAAGGGCCACCUGGGGGUGAAGGGGCCCUCGGGACCCAAGGGAGACAAGGGUCCUAUGGGCGUGCCAGGGUUUCCCGGUAACGAUGGAGUUCCUGGUCAUCCUGGUUUAGAUGGUGGGCGGGGCAUAUCAGGUCCAGAUGGAUGCAACGGGAGCCGAGGAGAACCCGGUCUCCCUGGUUACGGUACCGGACAACCAGGAACACCAGGAGGACCUGGACGGGAGGGUGAAUAUGGUCGGAAGGGUCAGAAAGGAGAGCCCGUCUAUAUUUCCGAGGAUGGAGUGAAUCUUCCCGGUUUGCCUGGACUGGACGGUCGACCCGGUCCGAGCGGUCCCGACGGUCCGGUGGGCUUCGUCGGCCCCAGGGGUCCCGAUGGAUACCCAGGCCCCCCAGGUCUGACCGGACCCCCCGGUCCCAUGGGAAGUCACAGUGUUGGUUUACAAGGAGAGAGAGGAGACAAGGGAGACUUGGGUCUGCCCGGGCCCAGCGGUACCCACGGCGACGGCUCUCAGAUGGGAGGAGGGAUUCUAACCAUCUACAAAGGAGCUCAGGGCGAUCCAGGUUAUCAAGGUCGCCGUGGGUAUCCAGGGAGACCAGGUGCCCCCGGUCCGUUUGCCUUUCCUGGUGAGGUCGGGGAGAAGGGAAUUCCUGGAUACCCCGGCGGACGGGGACCUUCCGGUUUUAACGGCCCUCCCGGUGGACUAGGACAGCAGGGAUACAGAGGAAACAACGGUCAACCAGGGCAACCCGGAUACAUAGGACCCAAGGGCGACCAAGGAGACACAGGACCACCAGGACCACCGACCUACUCCAGCAACCGCGGGACCUCAGUUCAAGGUCCACCAGGUGACCCCGGUUUGGAUGGAUAUCCCGGCCCCCGUGGCGACCAGGGACCCAGCGGUUACCCCGGAUCCCCUGGAAUACCAGCACCCAGCUUCGGAUCCGAUCGCCCCGGGUUACCGGGCUUCCCCGGGACUCCUGGCCCCAAGGGAGAGAGAGGUAACCCUGGGAGACCGUCUUACAGCCCCGAGGGUCGGCCCGGGAACCCAGGACCUCGGGGUCUCACAGGACCCACCGGCCCCCCCGGGCUCACAGCUACUAGUCCCGGUUUUCCGGUGUCUAUUCCUGGGACCCCUGGCCAGCCUGGAGUCCGAGGCCCCCCUGGUGGUACUGGCUACAGAGGACACAAAGGAGAGAAUGGAGACUGCGCGUGUCUGGGGGGGGGCUCCAGGGGGUACCCGGGGUCACAGGGACCCCCCGGGCUGGACGGCAUCCCCGGUGGAUACGGACGGAAGGGCGAGGCGGGAGACCCCGGCUCCCCCGGAUACACAGAUACCGUCGGACCGCCGGGCCGUACUGGCGAGCGGGGCUUCUUUGGCCGUAAGGGAGAGAAGGGAGAGUCCUUCUUCCCCACCUUCGGCCUGGGGGUGAAGGGGGAGCUGGGGUCCGACGGACCCCGCGGACCCCCUGGGGAGAUGGGCCAGCCCGGGAGAGAUGGACAGUUUGGCUUCCCCGGGACCCCAGGGCUACCGGGCGACGGCGGCUUUGGAACCCUCGGGGAGAAGGGCUUCCCCGGGUUCCCCGGGACGAAGGGCCCCCCGGGUCGCGCCGGAGAGUCGGGUCCCGGGUACGUGGGCGCGCCCGGCCUGAGAGGGGGCGCUGGAGAACCCGGCUACGCUGGGUUACCGGGACAACCGGGUAAUCCUGGACCGCCAGGAGAAAACGGCUGUGCAGAUGUAACUGACGGCUCUUUCAGAGAGGGAACGGGACAAACGAUCCCCUGCCGCAUCCCCGGAGAGGACGGCACACCGGGUUACCCCGGAUCACCCGGGCGACCAGGUCCUAAAGGCCAGCCCGGGUUCUCCGGCAGCUCUGGGCGUCCAGGCUUCAACGGGAACAAGGGAGAGAGGGGAGACCCCGGCUUCGGAGGGCAACCAGGUCCCCAAGGUUUCCCCGGGAUACGGGGGGACCCCGGCUCCCCCGGUCUCCCCGGCCAGGGCUACGACGGCCCCAGAGGGAAGGACGGCCUCCCCGGCAUCCCCGGCGGCAAGGGCCAGCCCGGGGAGGUGCUGGGGGCCACGCCCGGCUCCCCCGGACUCAACGGCCUCCCCGGGGCCCCCGGAGACAAGGGCCAGCCGGGGAGCCCCGGUGGGCCGGGGUCCCCUGGUUUCGACGGUCGCUCCGGCGGUCCCGGGCCAAAGGGUGGGCGCGGAGACAGCGGUUAUAACGGUAUUGCCGGUCCCCCCGGCCUGCCCAGCGACAUCACGACGAGACUUCCCGGGCCCCGCGGGUCCCCGGGUCUCCCGGGCCCCAACGGAUCUCCAGGCUUCCCUGGUAGGAAGGGCUUCAGAGGAGACCCCGGUCCCAGAGGGCCCGCUGGCAUGAAGGGAACCCCAGGAGAGCCCGGUUACUCUGGGUCCCCCGGGAACCGAGGCGCCCCUGGUCCCCCAGGGCCCGGGACUAGAGACGGAAACCCUGGGAUACCCGGCAGGAAGGGCGACAGAGGCUUCCUAGGUCUGGUUGGUUUCCCGGGUCGCCCCGGGCGCCCCGGCACCCCGGGUCAGCCUGGAGGAAAGGGUUUACCGGGAUCGUCUGGACGGGACGGGGGACCGGGGGGUCUGGGAUAUCAUGGAGCUAAAGGUGAGCGUGGGUACCCGGGUAGCCCGGGCCUGCCCUCCGCCCCUCUCCCGGCCAACUUCUUAGAGAAAGGAGAACCAGGGAACUAUGGAGGUCAAGGUCUCCCCGGCUUCCCCGGACCCAGAGGUGACAAGGGUUUCCCCGGACUGCCCGGUCGCCAGGGUCUUCCCGGAAUUCCCGGUUACGCGGAUCAGAGCAAGGGUCUGCCGGGGUCUCCCGGUUACCCCGGACAACCUGGGACCCCCGGAUACCCCGGGUCCAAGGGGGAACCCGGCAUCCCUGGCUUCCCCGGGACCUUCGGACCGAGUGGGGAUGACGGCGGAUUUGGUUACCCUGGCAACCCUGGAGAACCCGGUCGCCCCGGGUCUAAAGGUGCGAGAGGAGAAACGUUCAGCUACCCUGGAGGUCCCGGUGCCAAGGGCCAGCCUGGUGAACCAGGCUACCCAGGUGGGCGGGCUAAUGACGGCCUCCCCGGCGACAACGGAUACCCCGGAGGUUCAGGCUACCCCGGAACCAAGGGAGGGCCCGGAGAGCCCGGCAGACCGGGGCUUAUGGGCUCCCCUGGCUUCCCAGGGGCUAAAGGUCUCCCAGGCUACCCAGGGGGCAGAGGCCGUGACGGGACGCCCGGGCAGCCCGGCGGCCCCGCAGGACCGGGGGCUAAAGGUCUACCUGGCUCUAUGGGUCUCCACGGACUCAACGGACUGGCCGGACCGAGAGGUGCUCCGGGAACUCCAGGCCCCAGUAUCGGCGGUCGUCCAGGGACACCGGGAGCUAAUGGGCUGAAGGGAGAGCGAGGAGACUCGUACCCUGGAGGACCAGGCCGCAACGGGGAGAAGGGAGAGAGAGGAGACUCCGGUGGUCCCGGUCUCACUGGAUUCCCAGGGCUCCCUGGGCGUCCAGGAGAGACAGUGGGCUCAGAUAUCCCAGGACCAUUAGGAGACCCUGGCCUGCCCGGUCUGGAUGGAGAGUACGGUCUCCGUGGGCCUACAGGACCGCCCGGGCCCCCCGGCCCCGGUACGGCCCAGGGAGACAGAGGUGAUCCCGGUCUGCCGGGCUUCCCUGGCGCCCCUGCUAGGAAGGGUGAAGCAGGACAUCCAGGGGGCCCCGGUUACAACGGCGGCCCCGGGUUCAAAGGAGAGAGAGGCGACACGGGCUACAGCGGGGGUCCUGGGCUGAAGGGUUACCGUGGCGAGAACGGUUACUAUGGCGCCCACGGCCUCAAGGGAUCCAGAGGCGGGCCUGGGCGUAAGGGACGUCCAGGCCCUACCUCCACACCGGCGGCGAUCAGUGUACCGUCUGGGGACCCGGGUGGUCCCGGAGCCCUCGGGGGGCCCGGUACCGGUGGAGAGCCUGGUCAGCCCGGGAUGCCAGGGCGAUCUGGUCCUAAGGGGCGCCCGGGGCCGGUCGGUAAGCUGGGUCGUAUGGGUUCUGGUGGUCUGCUCGGACCGCUCGGAGAUCCGGGUCCCCCUGGCUUCCCUGGACCCGCUGGAGAGCAAGGCUUCCCCGGUCAGCCGGGUAUCCCCGGGGUCGCCGGCGGCGUGGGGCGUAGCCACAGCAUCGGCUACACCCUGGUGAAGCACAGCCAGAACGAGCAGGUGCCCAUGUGUCCGCAGGGCAUGGCCAAGCUGUGGGACGGGUACAGCCUGCUGUACGUGGAGGGGCAGGAGAAGGCCCACAACCAGGACCUCGGUCUGGCUGGAUCCUGUCUCCCUAGGUUCAGCACCAUCCCCUUCCUCUACUGCUCCCCUAACGAGGUCUGCUACUACGCCAGCCGCAACGACAAAUCCUAUUGGCUGUCCACCACCGCGCCAAUUCCCAUGAUGCCCGUCGCCGAGGAGCAGAUCCGCUCCUACAUCAGCAGGUGUUCUGUGUGUGAGGCGCCCUCCCAGGCCGUGGCGGUCCACAGCCAGGACAUGACCAUCCCAACCUGCCCCCGUGGGUGGAGGAGCCUCUGGAUAGGAUAUUCCUUCCUCAUGCACACGGCGGCGGGCGCGGAGGGCGGCGGCCAGUCGCUGGUCUCCCCGGGCUCGUGCCUGGAGGACUUCCGGGCCACGCCCUUCAUCGAGUGCAACGGCGCCAAGGGCACCUGCCACUACUUCGCCAACAAGUACAGCUUCUGGCUCACCACGGUGGAUCAGCGCCGCGAGUUCGUGGACGCCCCGCCUCAGGAGACCCUGAAGGGCGGCACGCAGCUGUCCCGCGUCAGCCGCUGCCAGGUCUGCAGCAAGCUCUUGUAGUCGCCCCGACCCCCCCCCCCCCCCUUCGCCCCCCCUUCGUCCUCUCCUGGUGGGGAGGGAUGGAGAGACCGACGGGAGGAGGAGGAGGAGAAGGAGGGAGAAAGACUGAUAGAAGCGGUGGUGACGAUGUUGAGGAUGAUGAUGCUUGUGUUAGAACGCCUCCAGUCAUGAUAAGCGUACAGACGAGGAGAGAGAAUGAGGGUGAGCAUGGUAGAGGUCAAGGUGCUAUAAUAAAUACAAGGAGUAACUAUUAGAAAUGAAUGACUGAAAGGAAACGAGGCCCCUCCCCUCGGGGGUUGUGUUGUGGUGAUGGUUUGGGUGUCGAGGAGGAAGAAGAUAAAUGAGGAGUAGGAAGAAAGAGGGGAUUCUCCGUUGUUCUUCACUAGAUUAUUAUUUACAGUGGUGCUAUUGUGUGUCUUCCGUGUUUUUUGAUCUCACAUUAUGUUUUUUAUUUCUUUCUCCUUGUAAUCCUGUGUUUUCACUGGGUUAUCUCGCAUCGAGUGACCCCCCCCCCCCCCCCCCCCCCCUUCCCCCCCACCGUUCGAUAGAGAGGAAUAAUAGGCCUUGCAGCGCUUCGACUCACCCACAAAUCAUAACAUAGGACUAACCAUGCAGCACUCCCAAUAAAUAUCCAAGCGUCUCCUGUUGGAUAUUGUUGUUCUAUGAAUGACCUCAUUCUUUGUUUGUACUCCCCAUGAAAAUGUUGGUUCUGACUGAAUUGGUUGAGUUUAAGUGUUUUUCUCUCCCAGAUUCUGGUACUGUCAUCCAUACUAUGAUUCCUUUAUCUACUCCUUGUUGAUUUCACGAUAUCCGCACUUUCUUUACAAACCCAAAAAUUAUGCUAAAGGCAGACUGUGAUCGGCAGUCAUCUGGCCAACCCGUGCUAUUUUUACAGUUGUUAAUAUAUAUUGCACUGAUCUGAUUGGCUUCCUUUGUAUUUUUUUUUACGACCAAUAGGUAUGCUUAAUCAUCUUCUCUAGUUGGAUUUACAGGCUACGCUUUCCCAUAAUUCAACUUUUCAGUCUUUGCUAUUAUUGGCAAAACAUUCAUAUAUUUGCUGCUUAUGACCGAAUAUCCCCGCAUUCCCACCACCCUGAACAAAAAACUCUUCUAUGCAGAUGACACAUGCAUAAGACACAGACAGUUUGUCGUUGUCGUUGUUGUACAUAGUGCUUAUUGCCUGGCUCCAGUUUGUUGGUAUUAUGAUGUUGAAGCCGAGUCACAUGGUGUAUUUUGUUAAUUGUGGUGCUCUCUUCUUCUUCUCUAUUGUCUUUCCCUGUGGAGUUUCCUUGUCUCUUAGCUAGGGAGAUGCAGCGGGUACGUAAAGCAAGUGUUAUCCCAUCAGCUUUAGCCUCACUAAGGUUAACAUUGCACGUCUCCAGUCAUAGAACCACAUCCAUGAGCGAUCGGUUUCGGCUGCAAUUGUUGUUUACAAUGCCUUGAGACAAACCAGGACCUGGAUCCUCCAUGGCGGCUGUAGCUUGUACCCCCUUUUCGCUAGGCCAGGAUGAUGAGAACCCGGGGGAACCUGUAACCACUAUGGCCCCUGUUUCUGACACGUAGCUUUAUCUCUAUGCUGGUCUCGGCUCUGAGUUAGUGACCUUUUAUGCAUUUUACAUGUUUCAUUAUUUUCACAUCCCACCCCCCCCCCCCCCCCCCCCCCCCCCCCCUCCCCCCAUUUGUCCCUUGUCUAUUGUCUGUAAUGUAGAUUGUAAUUAUUUAGUUAAAUCUUAAAGUCACGUUAUUCUCCCAGAUUUUUUUAAUGGUUGUUAUAUACUGAGUUGGGCCGGGGAGAAACUGAGCUGUACAUUCAAUAAAAAAAAAAAUCCAAUAAAAAAUGUUUGUAUAUGCCCAAAAAUGUAUUCACCAGAGAUCUUUAGAUGUAACGCAGAAUAACAAGAGAUCCAUGGAUGAACCCUGAACAGACGGAUGAACCGUCUGUUCUUGCUCGGUUCAACAUUUAGAUUUCACACACUGACCUAACAAAGAAAUCGAGAGCUAUGAUACGAUCCAUGUUUCUACACGACUGCAGAGAAAGGAAAGAAUACUUUCCUCCAAGAGGGACGUGGGAGACAUGCGCCCUGACAUGUCCAAUACCGUAACGUGUAUGUCUGUGCUCACUAUGAAAUAAAGUACAAUACAACUGAA